CAAAAACCGACAAAUAAAAGUCUAUAGAUAAGUAAUUUCUGUUUGUAUUCUUAUCGUGGAACUACAAUAUUAUGGCGAAUAAUUAAACGAAGGGGGAAAUAACUAGAUCCCAGUGAAACUUGUAAAUAUUACUUGCAUUAUAAAAUAGAAUUAUAAUUGAAUUGUACAGUGAAACAUCUAAAAUGGAAAGUCUACCAGUAACUCUGAUCGUCAAAGCUCCUAAUCAACAAAUUGAAGAUCAAACAGUGAAGUGUGAGCUGUCAUGGACAAUAAACAAAUUGAAACAACAUCUUUCGGAGGUGUAUCCCAGUAAACCUCCCAAGCAUGAGCAAAAACUUAUUUACUCUGGUCAGUUACUAAACGACGCUCUGGUGCUAAAAGAUGUCCUAAGGCAGUACGAAGGACAAGAAACACACACAGUCCAUUUAGUUUGCACUCCUAAACAAGACCCUACUCCACAAAGAAGAAAUAUGACUACUUCUGCUCCAACAAAUCCACCCCAGGUGAAUAGAACCACAAGUACCUCUGAUACAAGACCAAAUGUACAAAAUUUUGGAAACAUGGGAGUUCCAUGGAUACCCGAAGGUGUACAGAUAGAUCCAAAUUAUGCUGCUCAUAUGGCAGCUAUGCAGCAUGCCUAUUUUCAAUAUAUGAAUCAGUACAUGCAACUUGCUGCCAAUUCAUAUGGAGCUUCCCAAUUAUACCAACCCAAUAUAGCAACACAACACAUUCCAAACUUGCAAGUACCCCAAGCAGCGCAGCAAAUUAACCAACAGAAUGAAGAAAAUGAGCCACAAGCCCCUCCUCAAGAUCAACAAAGAGAUCCUGAAAUUAAUGAAAGAGAUUGGCUGGAUAAUUUCUAUGCUAUCAGCAGGCUUUUAGUGCUUUUCAGUGUUGUCUACUUCUACUCUAGCUUUCUGAGAUUUUUCCUUGUUCUUGUCUUAGGUUCAAUUAUGUAUCUAUACCAAGUAGGUCUUUUCAGGAAUGCAAAUAAUAAUAAUAACAACAACAAUACAGUACCUGGAGAUCCGGGAGCACCCCAAGAAGAGCAAGCUCCUUCCAGAUUCACAUUAGUAUGGACAUUUUUUACGACAUUUUUUGCUUCUUUGUUACCGGAAGUACCAAACGCUGUAUGAAAUUUCAGUAAAAUUUUUCAAUAUAGUAUUUGGAAUGAAAAUUAUUAAGUUUACCAUUUUUAUGUGAAUUUUUGUGACCUAUUAAGGAUUAGUAAUUUGUACAAUAUCAUUUCGUCAUUAUUUUUACAUAGGAAAUCUUUGAUGAUGGUCCUUAUUAUUCUGUCUUUAUGGUAGUCUUACUCCAUCUGCUCGUGAAAUUAAUUUAUGUUUUGUUGAUAUUAAGUUAACAAACUGAAAUUUUCUAUUUCCAUAACGUCGCUAUCACCUAAUUUUCAGGUUAACUUUUACUUCAGUGUAGGAGAUGCCAUAAUAUGUUUAAUCGCAUUAUUGGAAGAAAUUUUUAAAAUAGUUCAUACAAAUCAAAGGUUACCAACGGAAUGGCAAUGUACAUAUAAAUUUUCCUCAUCUGACACCUCCAAAGAGGACUUAUUUGCUGAAACUGCUUUGUCAUAAAUUUAAUUUUGUAACCAAUUCAGUUUCUAGAGGCACAGACUGAAAAUCUCUAGUUGCUUUUCAAUCAAUGUAUAUAAAUAUUCUUACAAUACCAGUGAACAUUGUAUACUCCAUUAAAUUGUAUAGUAGAAUGAUACUCUGAAGAAGUUCUUUGGAAUCAAACAUUCGAAUUUUUCAGCGAAUUUUCAGACAUUUCACAAAUUUAUAACGGAUGUAUACUUGAGAGAAAGAAGAUUCAUCUAUUAUUUCCCAAAUAUUUCUUUGAUUUUAUCAUCAAAAAAUCAUUUAUAUUAUUGUAAUAUAUUGUAAAAAAAAGUUAUUACUCGUCAUAAUCUGUUGAAAUAAUAAAACAGUUUUUAAUAUAAUCAUA